AUGGCUUCCGAUGCGGAGAUGAACACAUCUGGUGGGCGACAGAAUCUGGAGAGUCGUCGUGCUCGCGAGUUCUACCGAUACUAUCAACCAAUACGCGAAUUAACGGCGAAUGGACCGCCGCUAUGCAAUUUGGCCAGCGAGGCUGCAGUUGAAGCCCAUCGGCCAUUUUCCUCGCCAGAUCGAGCCCUGACAGCCUUCUGCCAACUAGGCGCAUUGAGACUGGGAACAAAACGAGCGAUGCUGUUCUUCUUUGACGAGCAGUAUGCCUAUGUUCUUGCUGAAGCAACCCGUACGUUGAGCCUCCAAGAUGACUCUGUUCAUGAGAUCGCCGAUGAUUUGUGGCUGGGCCAUACCAGGAUACCCCGUGGAUAUUCUGUCUGCGAAGACACCGUCAUGAAUACACCCAAUCCCGGUCCGAAGGAUUCCGAUUCGGAAAGCGACUACGAUACGAUGGUACAUAUCGUAAACGACUUGAGCGAGGACUUCCGAUUUUGCGACAGACCAUUCGUCACUGGAGGUCCACGAGCGAGAUUCUACGCAGGAGUUCCAAUCACCACUCCCAAGGGCAUAAACAUCGGUGCUUACUGUGUGCUCGACGACAAGAAACGCGAUACCCUGGAUGCCACGAGUAUGCGAUUUCUCAUGGACAUGUCCGCUACUGUCAUGACCCAUCUUGACAUGGUUCGAGCCCAAGCGGAGCUCCGUAUAGGUACUCAAAUGGUUGCGGGACUAGGCGCCUUCAUCGAUGAAGCUUCUGGAUCUCGAAAGUCGAACAAUCAGACUGUGGCAAAGGAAGCAGUACAGCGAGAACAAGAAUCGCCCGAACCGAACGUUUCUUCGACACGGCGGCGAUCGCCAAAGUCCAGAGGUAGCAGGGGCUCGUCCACGAGGACUGCUGCGUCUACAACGAGUACAUCCGAAAUGCGCUCAGAUGACGUCCAGGAUCCUGCACUAUCGAGUACGGAGAAAACCUUUGAACGAGCUGCGACCAUUCUUCGAGAAGCCAUGGACGUGGACGGGGUCAUGUUCUUUGAUGCGGCUACCAGUACAUCCGGUGGGCGGGUCGACAACCUUGCAUCGCUGCGUAAUCCUGAGAUGAGUUCGGACACUCAUAACAGCUCCGCUAACGAGGUCACCGAGACCGGCACAGAAGGCGAAGAUACCGUGACCACGAAGAAAGCUCCAAGUGACGAAACCACAAUCAAACACUGCCGUGUCCUCGCCUCUUCGUACUCUCCAGCCGCUAGGCCCACAGACCAGUCAAGUUCGGUCACCAAUCAGCAUGCACAGAUCCCAGAAGACUGUCUUCGCUCUCUCCUGCGACGGUAUCCACGUGGAAAAACCUGGAGUUUUAACGACGAUGGUGAUGCGUCGUCUGACGACUCGUCCGAACACAACGCCGACAGCAAAUCGUGUGGUUGUCUACCAACUCACGGCGACAAGGUCCACAGUCCGACAUGCUCCAAGCGAAAGAGGCGAAGUCUUCGCCGGAACGACACAAAGGAGAUCCUCCGCCUAUUUCCAGGCGUACGCAACUUUGGGUUGGUUGGAAUGUGGGACCAUACAAGGCAGCGUUGGUACGCGGCGUGCAUGUUCUGGACCUGUUCACCGUUGAGGCUCUUCUCGGUCGAGUUUGAAGUCAAGUACAUGAGUGCUUUCUGCGAUGUGAUCUUGGCCGAGCUUGGUAGAAUGGAAGCCCAGACUUCGGACCGGGCGAAAAGUGACUUCAUCAGUUCGAUCAGCCACGAACUUCGCUCGCCGUUGCACGGAAUUUUGGGAAGUGUCGAGUGCCUACAGGAACAGCCUCUGGAUUCUGUAAGCGCGGAUCUGAUAACGCAAGUGGACGUGUGCGGACGCACGCUGCUCGAUAUCAUCGAACACCUCCUAGAUUUCAGCAAGAUCAACCAUCAAGCCAGAUCGGGCGUCGCUGUGACGGACUCACGAGGCUCUCGCAUCUCAUCUGCAGCCGGCAGACGCUCGCAAACGGGCGGCAUGAUGACCCUCGACGCAGACGUUGCUCUCGACCACAUUACGGAAGAAGUGGUAGAGACAGCCGUCUACUCCUUCUGUUGUAGCCGCGAUCCAGACUUUGUCUUGAAACGCAAGGUUGCCGUCUUUUUGGACAUCGAUUCUGCGUCCUCCUCGCAGUGGAGCUGUUUCGUUGCAGUCGGGCCGUGGAAGAGAAUCUGCAUAAACCUGGUGAGCAAUGCGCUCAAGUACACAAUCGAGGGCCAUAUCAAGAUCUCUCUGAGGGCCAGUCCUAUCCCGGACAAGAAGAAGAAAUUCAACGUCACGCUCAGCGUCAGCGAUACCGGCAAGGGAAUGUCUCGAAACUUCCUGCAAGACCACCUCUUCAGGGCUUUCCAGCAAGAGGAUAGUUUCGUGGAGGGCACCGGGCUCGGCUUGAGUCUCGUAGCAACGAUGGUCAAAGCUCUCGAUGGGAAGAUUGAUGUGCAAAGCCAACAAGGCGUUGGGACCACGGUCUCUGUGACUCUACCGCUGGAGCACAGUCGACAGGGCCGAGAGACACUACAGAACGGCGUCCAUCCUGCGGCUCACCCUUCCAUCGCUGGCGUUACCGUUGGAGUCAUUGCAAGCAGGGCCAACGACUCGCAAAAUCCAUCUCAUACCGAGAUAAGUGGCAGCCUGCUGACAUCAAGUAUCUGCAAAACGCUCGACGAAGCUGGCGCCCGAUCCACCAAAAGCGACUGGUCGGGACGCCCAGCUGCUGAUGUUUAUAUUGUGCUUGAAGCCGAUCUCCACCAAGAAGUCGACAGAAUCGGACAAAAGCAAGGUGGAGACAGCGAGGCGGACCCGGCAGCUUCCAGUAAUCGCCCCAUCGUUGUGCUUUGCGAAAGCGCAAUCUCAGCUCGCAGACUACGAGCAGUGGGACUGAGAAAUCUGGCGAGCGAACACGUUGAGUACAUCUCCCAACCUGCUGGACCCGAACGAAUAAUCAGGGCCGUCUCGCUGUGUCUUGAGGACCAGCGUGCUGGGGCAAAAACCACAACGAUUGCAGGCGCCGUCAAGGACAAUUCAACCAUGCUACCUGACCCAGACCCGAGCAUCAUCAUGCAUCGACCUCUCGCGCUUCGGCAACGACAUCUUGACCCCACAACCAUCGAUGACCGAUCCAAACAGCUCACUCGGCCACCAAAGCCAGACGUUUCACCGCAAAGCGAUGGGAAAGAACCAAUAUCGCUACUUCUGGUGGAUGACAACCCGAUUAAUCUUCAACUCCUGGUCGCCUACGCCAACAAAAACCGCCACUACAAAAGCGUGGCCAAGGAUGGCCUGCAAGCUACCGCCGCCGCAGUCUCUCCCGCUCCCACAACCGGACCCAUCAUCAUUCUCAUGGACAUCAACAUGCCCGUGCUCAACGGCUUCGAAGCGACUCGCCAGAUUCGGGGUUUCGAACAACGAAGGGGCAUACCUCCAGCUACGAUCAUUGCACUUACAGGUCUCGGAUCGGCGAGUGCACAGCAUGAAGCAUUCGAUUCCGGAGUGGAUCUAUUCCUCACGAAGCCGGUGAGGUUGAAGGAAUUGACGAAGAUUCUGGAUGGACUAAGGAGUGGGUGA